GUAACAUUUUUAUCUCUCUCUCUCUUUUUGCAAAGGCAAAGAUUUAUCUCUAUUGAUCAAACAAAUUGUUUUUGUUCCACAAAUAGAUCAAUAAAAAAAUGAAUCACAAGAACAAAUACUGGGUUGCAUUGGUAGCCUCAAUUUGGAUGAGUGUAACAGUGACAGUGUUAGAAGGUUUGCGCCCCAUGUCUAAUCAAGAAGAGUCUCUAACAGGGAAGAAGUGGGCCCUACUAGUUGCUGGAUCUAGUGGUUAUGAGAAUUAUAGGCACCAAGCUGAUAUUUGUCAUGCCUAUCAAAUACUAAAAAAAGGUGGCCUUAAAGAUGAAAACAUUAUAGUUUUCAUGUACGAUGACAUUGCAUACAAUGUACAAAACCCAAGACCUGGCGUUUUAAUCAAUCAUCCAAAUGGUCCUGAUGUUUAUUAUGGAGUUCCCAAGGAUAUAUACCAGGCAACAAACCAUGUAACUCUUCAAGGAAUGACUCUUCCCAAGCAAAUAGGUCCCUUCGCCACUCUCACUUUCAGCUUGCCAAAUGGGGGUUUACUUUAUGGCAAUGAUUUCGUAGAUGCGUUGAAGAAGAAACAUGCUGCUAAAUCUUACCAAAAGAUGGUGAUAUACAUGGAAGCAUGUGAUGCUGGGAGCAUGUUUGAAGGGCUUCUUCCAAAUGAUAUAAACAUUUAUGUGACUACAGCUUCAAAUACAAAUGAGAAUAGUUAUGCAUUUUACUGCCCAGACUUAUAUCCUGCUCCACCGCCUGAGUAUAAUAUAUGUUUGGGAGAUACAUAUAGCAUUGCUUGGAUGGAAGACAGUAGCAGAAAUGACAUGACAAAAGAAACUUUGAAACAACAAUAUGAAACAGUUCGUAGGAGAACAUUAAUAAACAAUGCAGAUCAAUAUUCUCAUGUGGUGGAAUAUGGUGAUAUGAAGAUCAACAAUGAUUCUUUAGUUACAUACAUCGGUGCAGACCCUGCUAAUGUCAUCGAUGACUAUGGAUCAUACCUUAAUGUAGUCCCUACUAAUGUUAAUGAUAAUUUCAAUGUCACUAGCACUACUAUGACUCCAACAAAGGAUGUUGGCCAAAGGGAUGCUCGUUUAAUUCACCUUAUGCACAAGCUGCAAAGUGCUUCAGAUGGUUCUGAAGACAAGUUAAAAGCUCAAAAGGAGUUAGAAGUUGAAAUUGCUCAUAGGGAAUAUGUAGACAAAAGUGUUCAUAUGAUAAGUAGUAUAUUGUUUGGGGAAGAGAAAGGUUCCACCAUAAUAGUCGAUGUUCGUGCAUCCGGCCAACCUCUUGUUGAUGAUUGGGAUUGCUUAAAGACAUUUAUGAAAACUUAUGAGAGUCAUUGUGGGACUUUAUCAAGCUAUGGAAGGAAAUACUCAAGAGCCUUUGCUAAUAUGUGUAAUGCUGGUAUUUCUGAGAAGCAAAUGAUAGCAGCAUCAACACAAGCUUGUCGAGAGAGAAUAUAAGUAUCUCAAAUGUCUCCUCAAUAAUGUAAUAAUUACAAUAUUAGUGAAUCAACCGUAGUUCAAUUCUUGAUACAAAAUACAGUAUAUAGUUAGUCAUGGUA